UGUCCUCUCAUUUCACAUUAACUGCAAUCCUCGUUUCAGACCCACUUUUUCACCUUUCUGUGAUCAUCUGAUCAUCAGAGAAAAUUUGACAGGAUGCAAGACAUUUAUUCUACAAACCCCAAGACUCUGGGCCGGGGCAUCUGUAUCAUCACAGGAGCCUCCAGGGGAUUCGGACGGGCGCUGGCACAAGAAGUGUCCUACUUUUCGAAGCCUGGCUCUGUCCUCCUGCUGGUGGCUCGCUCGAACACUAUGCUGCAAGAGUUGAAGGAAGAGCUGCAGAGUUUGACUAAGGACCAGCAGCUCAUGGUUCACUGCAUAGCUGUUGAUCUGAGCACGAGAGAGGGUGUGCAUGAAACAGUCAGGGUGGCAAGGCAGGAAGCUAUAAAUGAAAUGGAUCAUGUGCUUCUUAUCAACAAUGCUGCCUCUUUGGGUGACAUUUCCCACUUUGCGAGUUUCACCAACCUUGAUGAGGUGAAUUCCUAUCUGUCCCUCAACGUAAGCUCUGCUCUCGCACUGACUGCAGGAAUACUGCAGGUAUUUCCAUGUAGACCGGGCCUGCGAUGGAGCGUGGUGAAUGUCUCGUCAGUGUUUGCAACGCAGGCCUUACCGUCCUGGGUACUGUACUGCACUGCCAAAGCAGCAAGAAAAAUGAUGUUCGGGGUGCUGGCUGAGGAGGAGCCAAAUGUCAAAGUCCUCAGCUACUCUCCAGGUCCUAUGGACACAGAUAUGCAGGUUGAUAUUCGGAGAUUAACAGGUUCCAAUCACCAUCUGUUACCCUGCCAGGAAUCUGCAGCCAAACUGAUGAAGCUGCUUCUGGACAACAAUUUCCUGUCAGGGAAACACCUCGACUUCUUUGAAGUGUGAUAUUAAUAUGAGUCAGAAUUUUUUUUAAACUUUAAAAAAAGUUAAUUAUUGCAUCUGACUCUCUUGCUUAUUUUAAGUAGAAAGAGUUAAGAACAAAUAUACAUGAAGUAAAAACAUACAGUAGCUAAACUUUAAAUAAACCUCUUUUUUUUGAGAGAGCAACAUGAGUUUCAGUUUUGUUACUUUCAGACAGGUUUGAUAGUUUAAGUGACAAGAUAUUCAAGAUAUUUUGUUUCUCAGUGGACUAAUAAAUGUCUAUGAGUCUUUAUAAAUCUCUGUCUGAAGGCCUCAUUGCCUGUUAUUUGUUAUUUUGUUAUCAAGGCAGAUUUAUUCAUCAGAAUUGUGUGUGUCGAUUUUCAUGUUUUGUGUUUUUUUAUUUUUCUAAAUGUAAGAAUCAAUUUGUAGCCCAAUUAAAUACAUUUCAAUUAUUCCAAA